ACGGCGUUGUUAUUGACCUUUCACGAGAAGCCAUUUUCAUGAGAGAGUAGUUGAGUAACAAGCAUUGAUCUACACAAUAGUAACAAAUAAGAAAACGACAGUGACCAGGAGGAGUUGGUAUAUUCAUUGGCAUCGAGGGUCUGUUUUCACAUACUCACCCUCACGUUGCUGGGAUGAUGUUUUCGUUCCAACCACAGGUAACCAGUCAACUCAUCGGCCAACUCGUCAACGCCCUCCAUUCUCUGAAGAACUCGGCCAGCUCCACAGCAACGGUCACCGCCUCUGUCCAAAGCCUGCAGAAGGAUGUCACACCUGAGCCGGAGCUGUUGCUCACCGAGCCCACCGUGAACCUGAGGGACCUGGGUCUAUCAGACCUGAGGGUGGGUCAGCUGGACGAGCUGCUGAGCCGGCUGCUCCCCUCACAUGACCCAGAGGACAGCCCGGCCGCCCCAACAUGGCGCACGUCCCAUGUCUCUGCACAUUCUUUCUUCCACAACAAACACGGCUUCUCCAACAGAAGCUUGGGCGCUUUUGGAUCGCCAGUGUUCUACAGACCCAAUCAGAGUCCUCUACAAGCAGUCUGUUCAGAGCUUCAAUACUUGCCUGUAUGCAUCCAGAACCGAGGCUUUAAGACAAUGCGGAAGAGCCGUCGUGUGGAGUCAGUUCAGCAGGAGCCAGAGGAACCAGAGGGUUACACCACAGCGUUCAUGAAGGGUCUGCUGAUGAGACCAGACAAAACCCUGGAGGUGGACAGUCUGGACCAGGUGGUAAAGCAGAAGAACCUACCAGCCAACCAGCAAGAUGCCUUCAAGUCUGGGUUCACUGAGGGUUUCAUGAAAUCCCAGGCCUUCACCCAGAGGACCCAAGAUUCACUAAGGCGGACCAGGCUGAUAUUGUUGGUCCUUCUGCUUGUGGGGAUCUAUGGCCUGUCCAGAACCCCAUUUCUCUCCGGUAAAGGGUCCUUUUCUGAUGCUGUAAGGUUCCGUACCACGUCUGGCCUGGACUCCCAAGUGGACCCCGUCCAGGUGAAGAGCGUGACCUUUGAGCACGUCAAGGGCGCGGAGGAGGCCAAGAACGAACUGCAGGAUGUUGUCGAGUUCCUCAGAAAUCCCCAGAAGUUCACCGUUCUGGGCGGAAAACUGCCUAAAGGCAUCCUCCUGAUUGGCCCCCCGGGCACUGGAAAAACUCUUCUGGCUCGGGCUGUAGCUGGGGAGGCCGAUGUCCCAUUCUUCUACGCCUCAGGAUCUGAGUUUGACGAGAUGUUUGUCGGUGUUGGAGCUAGUCGCAUCCGGAACCUCUUCAAAGAGGCAAAAGCCAGCGCACCUUGUGUCAUCUUCAUUGAUGAGCUUGACAGUGUGGGCGGGAAGAGGAUUGAGUCUCCCAUGCACCCCUACUCCCGACAAACCAUCAACCAGCUUCUGGCCGAGAUGGAUGGGUUCAAACCCAAUGAAGGGGUCAUUGUUAUCGGUGCUACCAACUUUGCAGAGGCUUUGGAUAAUGCGCUGGUGAGGCCCGGCAGGUUUGACAUGCAGGUGACCGUCCCGCGGCCGGAUGUCAAAGGUCGCACCGAGAUCCUCAACUGGUACCUUCGGAAGAUCAAAGUGGAUCCCAGUGUGGACGCGGAGAUCAUUGCCCGGGGCACUGUGGGCUUCACCGGGGCGGAGCUGGAGAACCUGGUGAACCAGGCGGCCCUGAAGGCGGCGGUGGAUGGGCUGGAUCAGGUCACCAUGAAGGAGCUGGAGUUCUCCAAGGACAAGAUCCUCAUGGGUCCCGAGCGCAGGAGUGUGGACAUUGACAAGAAGAACAAGCAAAUCACAGCCUACCACGAGUCUGGCCACGCCAUAGUGGCAUACUACACCAAGGACGCCAUGCCCAUCAACAAGGCCACCAUCAUGCCCAGAGGGCCCACCCUCGGUCACGUGUCUAUGCUUCCAGAGAAUGACCGCUGGAGUGAGACUCGUUCUCAGCUCAUGGCUCAGAUGGAUGUCAGCAUGGGUGGCCGUGUUGCUGAAGAACUCAUCUUCGGCGACGAUUACGUCACAACAGGAGCCUCAAGUGACUUUGACGGGGCAACUAAAAUAGCCAAGAUGAUGGUGACCAGAUUCGGCAUGAGUGACAAGCUUGGGGUCAUGACCUAUGCCGACCUGACCAAACAGAGUCCUGAGACCCAGGCAGCCAUCGAACAGGAAGUGAGAGUACUGCUUAAGGACUCCUAUGAACGAGCUAAAAACCUCUUGAAGACCUAUAGUGAGGAGCACAAGACCCUGGCCGAAGCCUUGUUAAUGUACGAAACCCUGGACGCCAAGGAGAUCAAGCUGGUCCUGGAGGGAAAGUCUUUGGACCCUAGAUAACUUCCUGGUUAAGGCCCAAUCUGAGGACCUAAAAUCUCAUGUUUGGGCGGUCGGUUCCAUUUUAAGUUCAAAAGCAGAAUUUGUAUUGAGGAAGACAUGGAAGCGUCUUGGCCACAACAUGUCCAAUGUACACUGAAGUGACUGUGAUUUAAAAUGGAAUCGUCUGUGACUCUGACUUUAUUCUGUAAAUAUGAUGGUGUGCUGUGGAGGUUUUUGGAGACCUUUUUUUCUUUCAGAAUAAUUCUCUCUCAAUGUCAAUUUACAGAUUUAUUUUGUUUUAGAACAUUACCAAAACCUUGUUUUUAAUCCCCCUUGAUUUUGACAUCUCUGUUAAACCGUUAUAUUGCACAGCCCUUUAUGUAUGCCUGCUUCGUCAAAGUGGACAAAGCCUGUCAAUAGGUAAUUUUACAGUAAACUCAAAAAACCACCCUUUAUUGUCGAUACCAUCCUCACCAUGUUCCAAUGGCUUGAAAUCCAAAAUGUUAGCCGGUGAGUUCAGGCCAAUCGGCUCUCUUUCCCAGCUUUAUUAUACAGGCCAAUCGGCUCUCUUUCCCAGCUUUAUUAUACAGGCCAAUUGGCUCUCUUUCCCAGCUUUAUUAUACAGGCCAAUCGGCUCUCUUUCCCAGCUUUAUUAUACAUCUCUGGCAGUUUUGUGCAUCAAUGCCCUUCAAGAGCGGCAACGCAUUUUUGCACCUGGAAAUAUAAAUAUAUUUGUCACUUCUUGAUGCUAAAGGGCUGAGUUUAACGGGUUGUACCCAUUAAGAACCAUGAAAAUCUAAUUGGCCCCAUCAGUCUCACAGAGAAUGCUUUGUUAUUGAUUUGACAGUUUAUUCAUGCUUUAAAGCCUCAUGUAUUUGGUAUGUUAUCAAAGUGAUGAGGGAAAGCAGUUUGAUCUUAUCCUACUAGGCCUCUUGUAUUUUCAUUGAGUAACAUGGUAGUUCUAGACAAAGAUGUAUCAUAUGCUAUAGUCCCUUCAAACAAUACAUUUUUAAAUAGAAUGUAUAAACAGAAUGGCUGUAGCCGAGUUCUGUCCCCCUUACGAUUCAUCUGUAAAUCGUGGGACGUCCAUGGUUUGACUUUUUCUGAGUGUGAAGUCAUUCUACUGCAUUUAGUGACUAGUUGAAAACACGCCUUUUAUGUUUUUACUUGGGUACCCAAAGUGUGCCAGAAUUUAUGUCUAUUUUAAGCCCCUGUGCGGUGUUCUGUUCUGUUUUACCCAGUCAAACCAAUUAGGAUAUUUUCUUCCACAAAAUUAGUGAUUAGGACAUCCCAUCAGCAAAAGAUUGGUCAACUCCAAUUAGUGUUAAAAUAAAAUUAAUAGUGGUAUUGACUGUGUAAAUGCAGACAAAGCAAAAGAAACACGAGGUAGCUUUGUGUACAUGUCUUUGUGUAAAAAAACAAAACAAAAAAAAAAAUGCUAUACUUUAUCUCUUCCUGUCUCUGGGAAUGGAUCUUGUGGAAGCCCAAAUAAAAGUUAUUCUAAAACCA